AUUAUUUUUUCAGAUUGCGCAGAACAAAUAGCGUCAGUCGCAACUUCUACGAUCAAAGCUUCAGCUGUGGAGAAGCAUAAUGAAUCUGUGGUUCCGAAAAUAUGUAACUUUAAUCAUGAGAAAGGCGUAACAAUCGAUGUACCGUCUGUUGAAAACUAUAGAGAUACUCAACCAAUAGACAUUGACUCCAAAUAUUCAUUAACUGAAAAGGAGAUAGUGUUUAUAUCGGAGAGUAGAGAAUCCGUAAAUAAUUUCUACACACAUGAUCGUAUCAAUGAUAUCACAAUUGGGCAGAAAUCAUGUGUUCAUACUUAUCCUGAUUUUGAUGAAAUGUCUUCAACGAUGUAUAAUAAUACAUCACAAAAUUCGGUGCAGGAACAACAGAAUGCAAGUAGUGAUUCGAAAGAUGGUGAUAGAUACGACAAAAAAUUAAAUCAACUAAAUUUCAAGCCUAGUAUUAGCAAUGUGUUUAAUAGUUUGAACGAAUAUAUUAAUGCUCCUACUGGAAGUUUAAAUUAUGUUGAACCUAUAUUAGAUAAAGACGAUUUAUUUGAAAGAUCCACAGAUGACGCAGUGGAGAAAGAUUUUAAAUUGAACAGAGAUGUGGCCAUUAAUGAACUUUCUUCAAUUUCAAUGGAGAAAGGGAUAAUUAAUGUAAUUGACAAAAAUAUUUUGGACCAUAAAAAUAUUUUACCGGUGGAAUUAAAUAAGUUCGUUAAAGUUGAAAUUAAUAACAAACAGGAUAAUACGAUGCAAAAUAUUAUGUUUGAUCAUCCUAUUUCGAUACAGUCUGAAGAAAAUAAUUCUAUAGUUUCUGUACCAAAAACGGCCAUCUCAAAUCAUAAUGAUGUAAUAGGUACAGAAUUGUCUAGUAACAAAGGUGAUGUAGAUAAAAAGGUCAUAGCUAAUGAUACAUUUGAAGAAAAUUCUGACAGAUUUAUUAGCAAACAAAAGCAGUUAGACUUGGAUAGGCGAAAUUUCAUCGACAAAUACACAUUUGUUGAAAAUAAAGAAAGCAUAGUAGAGACUAAAAAGUUGGAUAAAAAUAUAACAAGCAGUGAAAAUCAAGAUAAUAAUAUAGAAACAACUAAAAGUGACAUUUUCUCUAAUGUACGUAUGAUACGUACAAUUGAUACCAGCGACGAUUUUUCUGAAGAAGAAUUAAAUCAAUAUUUAUUAGAGUUAGAGAAAGAAGACAGAUCUAAAACGGAUAAUAUAUCACUUUCGGAUAAUACCAGGUUGUUACAAUCGUAUGAAUUGAGAAGAGAUAGAGAAAAGAAUGCCAAUCAUUGUCAACGAGAUGACGAAGAUGUUAAUGAAGCGCCGAUAUUUGAGAAAAUUAUGAUAGGCGAGCUCCCAAAAAUAUCACAGCAGGAAUUUCAAAAGACGAAAAAAUUUCCUGUAAUUGAUUAUAACACGGAUAUAUGUAAUGAAAAUAUAGUAGAUAUAAAAUGUAAUAAUACAGUAAAAUUCGAUUUAAAAAGUAAUCAACUAAAACACACGAAAAGUAAUGAGCUAGACAAAACAACAAAAGAUAACCAUGUAACCGAAAUAAUCGGUCAACCUGUAGCAAUACAAGAGAAUACCUUACAAACAUGUAUCAUUGUUCAAGAGAAAAUUUCAUCGAAAUUUGAAAAUAUUGGAGAACAGUUUUGUAGUAAUAAUGUGGUACAGAAAUUACAACAAGAUUCUAAUAGAGACAUUCUAUCACAAGAUUACAACAGCGAUACUUUAUUAAAUUUAUCAGAAAACAUAGAUCGUGAAAAAAAAGUAUACUGUCAAGAUAUUACUGAGAAUAAUAAAGAUGUUUUUAUGGUACAUGAGACCAGCGUACAUGACAAUGAGAACAUAUCCAAGAUGGAAUCUGUAUCUAAAAUCAGUGAUACUCAUAUAAGAGGAAAUGGUCAAGAAUCCGAAAAACCGAUGCGUCCGCAGACAUUAGAUAUUGUAUUGACGCAUGAUAAAAAUGAUUCCCAUACAUUCGGUACGUUGUUUUAA